CGUCAUUCUGCUGAUGCAACCUACCUUCAUUGGACCAGCACGGCAUGGGUCUCCACUCUUCUGCGGAGUGAUAGGGAAAACUUUAAAUAUGGCCUGGCAGCUUCUGUUAUGCCUGUUAUGCCUGUUAUGAAGUGUAGCUGUCGCCGUAUUGAUAUGCUUUAUUUGCCCCAGUGUUCCUUCAUCGUCCACCGCGCAGGCUUCGAACUCUUUCACCUUCGUCAAACCCACGACCGAACCGCCACUAAAACCACCUUUCGAUCAUAACGUUCAGUAUUGACUCCGCGCAGAGGCAGUCAGUCAGUCAGUCACUGAUCUCGAAAGUUCAUCUCGACCGCCGCGAGCCCAUUCAAUCCGCCAAAUCCGCCAAAUCCGCCCGAUCCGGCUGAUCCGGGUCUCAUUCGACGGCAGCCGCGACAAUGGUGACCACUCGCUCUUCCAAAAACCUCGUGCCGGGCACAACCUCCGCGUCCCCGACACCCAAAUUCUGGCACCACGCCCCCGACCGUACAACCCUCUUCUGGAUGUGCGUCUCCCUGCCCCUUGUAAUUUGGGACUGCGGCUACGUGCUUGGGCGGCCCUACACCAUGGAAGGCGGGUUCCUUCACCGGCCCCUCUACACGCCCUACAAGUUGUACGGCGAGGUGGACCAUGUGUACGGGUGGAAGUCUUGGGAGGCGCACGACGGGUUCCCGGGCGCCCAGGGGAGCUUGAAUGUCGUCGAGACGGCCAUGUAUUUGGCGUAUGUGUGGAUAUACUUUUCUAGGGGCCAGAAGCGGGAGGGCGUUAGUGCUGUGGGGGAGAAGCGGGUGUUGACGGGCAAGCCUGCCGCGUGGGCGGCGCUGUUGGCAUUUAGUGCGGCGGUUAUGACGUUGAGUAAGACGGUGUUGUAUUGGGCCAAUGAGUAUUUCUCCGGUUUCAACAAUAUCGGCCACAACACCUGGCAAGAUUUGAUAUCCAUGUGGAUUAUUCCAAACAUGGCGUGGCUCGUCUUCCCCACGUACAUGAUCUACGUGAUUGGUGGGGAGAUCAUCGAGGGCCUCACAGCCGCCUCGUCCUCGACGGCAGGUGGUAACAACGUCAAAUCAGAGUGAAGCUCAUCCACAUGGAUGGGUGUGAGUUGUGAAGCUUGGCCGCUUUGACGUUAUUAUACAAAGCAUAAAGUAGAAGACGACAGGGAUAGGGGUGAUGGCGUGAUAAUUCGUAUUUGUUGGGAGGUUGCGUGCUUGAUAUAACAUUGUAUUCAUGUAGAAGUACAUAAUGUUGAAAGGUAUUUGAUUCUAAAUACGUAUUGAAAUUGAGUUUGGGAACCUUGUCGGCUACCGUGCCAGAAUGACGAGCAUAU